UUCAGUCAGUGAUGGAGGGAGAUUCAGUCGCUCUAAACACUGAUCUUACUGAAAUGAUGGAUGAUGUGAUUCAGUGGAGGUUUGGAACUAAUAACACUUUAAUAGCUGAAAUCAGUGUACUGGAGGACAGCAUCACUGUAUAUGAUGACGUUCUUGAUGGGAGAUUCAGAGACAGACUGAAAGUGGAUCAUCAAACUGGAUCUCUGACCAUCACAAACAUCACAACUGAACAUAAUGGAGUUUAUGAACUACAGAUCAACAGUGUGUUCAAGAGUUUCAGUCUCACUGUCUACAGUGUUCUGCCUGUUCCUGUUAUCAGCAGUAACUCUUCACAAUGUUCUUCAUCAUCAUCAUCAUCAUCAAAUUGUUCAUUGGUGUGUUCAGCUGUGAAUGUGGGUCAUGUGACUCUCUCCUGGUACAAAGGAAACAGUUUAUUGUCCAGCAUCAGUGUGUCUGAUCUCAGCAUCAGUCUCUCUCUACCUCUGGAGGUGGAAUAUCAGGAUAAAAACACCUACAGCUGUGUGCUGAACAAUCCCAUCAGCAACCAGACUCAACAUCUGGACAUCACUCACCUCUGUCACACAUGUUCAGAUAAAGCCCUACCUUUAUUUUACAUAGUGCUGAUCUCUGCUGGAUCUCUGUUGAUUGUUUCUGCAGUCGUGACGUGCUGCAUCUGCAGGAAAUGUAGAAAAACAGUCGAGACACAGGAGGAAGACGGAACAGAUGCAGCAUUCUGUAAACCAACAACACGAAAAACAAAAUCAAAGACGAAUGCUGUGUAUGAAAAUGUCCCUAAAAACCGGUGAUGAAACACUCUCCCAUAUGCACACGAGUAGUUAUUGUAUUGUUUAAAAUGUUGUUGGUCUGUCAUGAGUGGAGCACAAAUAGCAUCCAGAAACCUAACUAACAUUUUCUAACAUCUUACCAUAUGGAAACUGAUCUAACUUUCAUUAUUAAACAUUGAUCCCACCCUUCUGUUUCUUUUGCCUUUUAAUUCCUGUUCAUUUAUUAUUAUUAUUAUUAUUUUUACAAUAUCAUACAGACACUGAUAUAUUGUGGAUAUUUUGGCAAGUAUUGCACAAGCACAUCAUCGCCCUUUAGUGUCCAAAUCGGGAAAUUGCAUCUCUUGAAGAAUAGCAUUACUUAAUAGUCACCAAAGGACUGAUAUCACAGGGUUCACCCAGUUCACCAAAAAAAAAAACAUUCUGUCAUCAUUUCAUCAUUUCUUCAUAUCUGAAGACUCAAUCACUUUAUAUGAUGAACAGAUUGAAAUUAGGCUUUUAUUCACAUAGAAACAUUCAUCAGCGCACAUCAGAUGCUCAAGCAUGUUUACUUGAUGUGUGAAAACCAGUGAAGUUUAUUCUCGUGUUAUACAGCAUGUUUGAGCUUCUGCAAGAAUCAAUGUGGUUCAAUCUUGUGUUUUUUGAGUGCAGAUUCUGAUCAUAAAAGUGUUAUUUUUCUGCUUAAAUGGAAACGCAGUUGUUUCACUAAUUAAAGUGAGACUAAAAAAGCUGGGAGCCUGGAAAGUAGAGUGUGAUGUAAUAAAAAAGAAGAAAAAAUGAUUAAAAAAGAUUUUAUCGAAAAAGUAUUUUCUACUCAAAAGUGUUAUAUAAAACUUAAGGUUAUUCGCAGCUGUUGCAGCAUUGUUGUUAGUAUUAUAAUUAUCAAAAAAUGCCAGCAGGGUCAAUACGAGGACGUUCAAUUAAGACAUUCAGAUGCAAUGGCCCCUUAAAAAGUUGAAAAAGGUCUAUUAACAAUUAAAUGGCCCAAUUUAGCAUUUUCAAGCUUGAAUCUAAAAGUCUUAAAACAAAUGAAUCAGACUGAAUGCAUGUGUACAUCCAUCCUGUAUAAUACUCCUCUUUACAUCUCUGUACAUAAAUGUGGUUUGAUGUGUUUAUGAUGGACACAUGAACACAUGCUGUUACUGGAAGUGUGUGGUUGUUAGUUUGAGUGUGUUGAGGUGUUAGUAUUGUCUGUAUGAAUAGCAUGUGGUUAAAGACCUUUGAAAACAAUUCAGUUUUAGCUUAUCUCAGUUAAUUCUGACAACAAAAUAAAUUAAAUGAACAAAUUUCAGCCAUUGUCAGUGAAUCAUGUGUUUUAAUGACAUCUGUACCAUGAAUGUACAAUUCUUUCAAGUUACUUGAGUUUCCAAGGUAAGAAAAUAAACCCAGUGCAUAAAUACCUAGGCUAAUGCAAAGUAAAAAAAAAAAAAAAAAAAAAAA